GUUAACUGUCAGCGUAAACGUCAACAGCUGACGUAAACAUCAUGGUCGCGGCAGGUGUCGGUUCGAUUCUAACCUCUGAGUGAGGAGCAGUGACGGCCCACCAGCACUGACAGACAAUUUCUGAGCUGCUGAAGCUGUUUGUCUGCUUGCAGGUGCGGCCAUGCCCGCCUCCCUGCUGUGGGCGGUGGACGUUCAUGGACGGGUCUACAGCCUGUCCUCAGCGGGACAGCAGUGGGAGUUGGGGCGGGAUGCUCCGAUGGAGUUCAAGAGGGUGACGGCGGCUCAGCAGUGUUGCUGGAGCCUGGGCUGUGACAGCAGCAUCUACCUGAACGUCUUUGCUUCCGACCUGCCCGUCCGCUACAAAGAGGAGACGUAUGAGAAUCAGCGCUGGAAUCCCGUCGAUGGUUUUUCUGAGCGUCUGCUUCCGAGCGACCGCUGGCAGUGGAGCGACGUCACAGGUCUGCAGCAACAACCUUUGCACAGCUUCCAGCUGCCUUCCAGCAGCUGGGAGUGGGAGGGGGACUGGUACGUGGAUGAAAACUUUGAGGGGGAGCCCACAGAGAAAGAGGGGUGGACAUAUUCCAUCGAUUUCCCCUCCACCUACACUAAAGACAAAAAGUGGAACUCUUGUGUCCGUCGCAGGCGAUGGAUUCGCUACAGGAGGUAUAAAGCCAUGGACACCUGGGCAAAGAUUCCAUCUCAGCCGAUGUCUCUACCAGAUCCCUUCAGCGACAUCAGCUGUGGAGGCUGGGAGAUCAGCGAGGAGCCCGGGGACCGGCUGUCGCUGUGGGUUGUGUCCCUGCAAGGGAAGGUGUGGUUCAGAGAAGGAAUUUGCCACCACAAUCCAGAGGGCUCCUCAUGGGAGGAGGUGCCUCUGCCUGGAGAGGUUGUCCAGAUCAGCUGUGGCCCGGGAGACCUGGUCUGGGCCGUGUUAUGGGAGGGGAAGCUGAUCGUUAGGGAGGGCAUCACACGGGACUGCCCCAGAGGUUUGUCGUGGGCAGUGGUGGAGUGUCCGAGCCCUGAGGUGGGGGCUAUACAUGUUUCUGUGGGAAACGGUGUAGUCUGGGCUGUGACCAAGGACAAUAAGGUGUGGUUCAGACGUGGCGUGAACUCCCAUAACCCCUGUGGCUCUGGCUGGAUCAGCAUGGUUGGAGAAAUGAUCAUGAUCAGCGUCGGACUGCACGACCAGGUGUGGGCCAUCGGCUGUGAGGAUCGGGCUGUGUACUUCAGGCAGGGCGUCACCUCCAGUGAGCUAAGCGGUAAAACCUGGAGGGCCAUCAGUGCUCCCAGAGACGGAGAGCGGUCCCACUCCAGCGCCAGCAGCCAGCAGAGCGCUGGACGUUUUUUCUCUGGGGAUGUGCAAGCCCAGUCUGUGGUCAGUGAUGCCGACUCAGACGUGGAGAAAGGAUCGGCAGACGGAGCCAUCUUUACCACCCCAGAACCUUCCCUUGGUUCCCCCACAGAACCCCCGUCUAACCCUGCUGUAGACGCCCCAAAAGCCCGCAUCCCAAAGGUCACCAGCGACAGCUUCAUCUCUGAACUCGUCUCUGACAGAGAUCAAGGAAAGCCCUUGAAAGAUGUACCGUCAGUCACUCCUGCAGUCCUGGAAGAGGAGGUGAUCCCCGCAGACGGAGAGGAGAUUCAGCUCUGUGCUGAGGAGGCACUCCUCUCCACCGAGUCACGUGGCGGUCCUCAGUGGAGCAACGUGGAUCUGGAAGAGGCUCAGACCGGAGCUGUGCUGGACUUAGCCGAAACAUGCAGCUUGUCAUCUGUGACGACCUUCACCCUGACUCUGGAGGACGGGGCUGAGGAGCACCCCAUGUGGGCGUGGGUCAGCGGAGAGGGCUGUUCGGUGGACAGUUCCUCCCAACUCAAUUGGUUCAGCUCCUCUGCCAACACCACCUCUGUGACUCAGUCGGUCCAGUCCAUGAGUCUGUCAAUCAGUCCGGCCCAAACGGCGGCGUGGCGGAGACAGAUCUUUGAGCAACUCAGCGAGAGGAGCAGGAGGGAGAUGGACGACUUCAAGCACUACGAACAAGCCAUAGAACAGUCUGUGUGGGUGAAGAAAGGAGCCAUGCAGUGGUGGAGAGACUGGAAGCCACACAAGUGGAUUGAUGUCCAGUUUGCCUUUGAGCAGUUCUCUGGCCCAGACGGCAACAAGGACGGCAUUUUAUUCAUUUAUUACAAUUAUAAUGAGGAGAAAAAGUACCUGCACGCCUUCAUCAAUGAAGUGACCAUUUUGGUUCCUGUGCUGAACGACUCCAAACACACAUUUGCCAUCUACACGGACGAGCGGACCAAGCAGAGGUGGCCAAUCAGGGUGGCUGCUGCCACCGAGCUGGAAAUGUACGACUGGCUGGCUCUGCUGAGUGUCUCAUGCUGUGAAUCCAGGGGUAUCCAGGGUCCUCCAUCCAAACAGGCCAUCUGGUCCAUCACUUGUAAAGGGGACAUCUUUGUCAGCGAGCCCUCUCCCGCUCUGGAGGCCGUGCCUUACCCAACGCCCUGUGACCAGAUGUUCUGGCGACAGGUGGGAGGACACUUGCGGAUGGGGGAGUGUAACAGCGCCGGGAUAGUGUGGGGGAUCGGGUAUGACCACACUGCCUGGGUCUACACUGGUGGCUACGGGGGAGGCUUCUUCCAGGGUCUGGCCAGCAGCACAGACAACAUCUACACACAGACUGAUGUCAAGAGUGUUUAUAUCUACGAGAACCAAAGGUGGAACCCCGUUAGCGGCUACACCAGCAGGGGUCUUCCAACCGACCGCUACAUGUGGAGUAAUGCGUCCGGACUGCGUGAGUGCACGAAGACGGGCACGAGGCCUCCGUCUCCUCACUGGACGUGGAUUUCUGACUGGGCUGUGGACUACAGCGUCUCCGGCGGCACAGACAGGGAAGGCUGGCAAUAUGCCGCCGACUUCCCAGCGUCAUUCCACGGCUAUAAAACGAUGAAGGACUUUGUACGUCGAAGAAGAUGGGCCAGGAAGUGUAAAUUGACCACUACAGGACCCUGGCAAGAAAUCCCGCCCAUCCCUUUGAUUGACGUGACCGUGCUGCCGUGUGGAGCGCAGAGCAGCGUUGACACAAUUCCGCUGUGGGCGAUCAGCAGCAAAGGAGACGUCCUCUGUCGACUAGGAGUUUCCGCAAAGACUCCCGCCGGAUCGUCAUGGCUCCACGUGGGAACAGACCAACCCUUCAAGUCCAUCUCCAUCGGAGCAGCCGGUCAAGUCUGGGCAAUCGCCAGGGAUGGCUCCGCCUUCCACAGGGGAUCGGUUUCCCCUCAGAACCCAGCAGGAGACUGUUGGUACCACAUCCCUUCUCCAGCCAAACAAAAGCUAAAGCAGGUGUCAGUUGGAAGGACUUCAAUUUGCACUGUUGAUGAAAACGGUAAUCUGUGGUACCGGCAGGGUGUGACCCCCAGCUACCCUCAGGGUUCUUCUUGGGACCACGUUUCCAACAAUGUUCGCAAAGUCUCCAUGGGGCCCCUGGAUCAGAUUUGGAUCAUAGCCGACAAGGUUCAGGGAAGCCAAAGUCUGAGCUGUGGGACAGUGUGUCACCGACUGGGAGUCCAGCCCGUAGACCCUAAAGGACAGCAAUGGGACUACGGCAUCGGGGGUGGAUGGGAUCACAUCACUGUGAGAGGAAACGCCAUGGAGCCGCCCCGAAUCGGUCUCCUCUCCCAGAAGGACACGGCUCCUCCGACCUCCUCCAGCCCGCUCCCUAUUGGGAUCGCAGAGCCCAACGGCACCGCUGUGUGUUGAUAGGGGCUGAAAACUUUAUUAUUUUUUUUUUUGGUGAUGUUUAGUCUGUGAAACUAUGACGUGGGCUUGUUAAACUUCCUGUUUUAUUCGACAAACUGUCUUUUAUCAAGGCACUAGCCAUCCUUUUUACCAGUUUAUCUGCAUUUCUACUGUUAGAUGGAGUAUUAGGGCCACCUUGAAAGAAAAAAACUUGAUAAUAUAUGAAAAUAAAGUCAUACAUUUAUGAGAAAAAAAAGUCAGAAUUUUACAAAAAUAAA